AACCUUGGGCCGACGCUCUCAAGUCUCACUGAAAAGCCGGUCACAGCAACGGGAUCGCCGCCAGUCCGCAUUUUGAACGCGGGAUUUCGGUACUCUCUAGCUCUGGCGGUUUUGUAUAAAAGCUGCUUUCCUAGCCAUUCAUUCCUUGUUCUGAUACUUCUCCUAACAAGAAACUUCUACAAAAUGACCACCAGAUCUGGAAUCAGCGCAAGAUCGUAUCCUCUCAGCAAUGCUCUCAAGCCUAUGGUUGCCACUGCUGUCGAAUACAGCGCUACAAAGGGAGAUGCACAGUCCGUCAUUGACACUAUUGAUGACUUCGCCAGCCACUAUCAUCGAAUCAUGAUCAUUGGUGACGACAAGGGCGGAAAGAUCGAUAAAGUCCUGAAGGAGCACAAGCCCAAGAUUAUGUAUGAGCUUGGAUGUUUCGUCGGAUACAGUGCUGUGCGCUUUGGUGCUAUCAUUCGGGAAUGGGGUGGCAAGUUUUAUAGCUUUGAGGUGGAUGAGCAGUCCGUCGAGGUGUCUCGCAAGAUUGUCGAGCAUGCUGGAUUGUCGGAUACAGUAGAGAUCAUCCAUGGAGGAUUCGAUAGCGCCAUUAAACCAUUCCUCGAGAAUCACCCUGACCAUACUGGCAAGGUGGAUGCCGUCUUCAUCGACCACUGGAAGGACUUGUAUGUCCCUGAUAUGCAACUGAUAGAGUCUCUCAACCUUCUGCACCCUGGAUCUGUCGUCCUUGCCGAUAACGUGAUUCGUCCCGGUGCACCAGAGUACAUCGAAUAUAUGGACUCUCAAUCCGAUAAAUAUACCAGCGAGAUGUUGGAAUACAAGCCGGCUGGAUCCAGCGAAGUCGUCGAUGCUGUUCUUGUUAACAUCCUCAAGCAAUAAAAUGUGAUCACCAGUGCACAAUGCAGUAUUGGCAGAACAUAAUAAAUAUAUCACGCCAUUUUUUAAUUUCAUCAUGGGGGGACGAUGUUAUUGAGCGAUAGGGGGAACAUGUUUAUUUCUAUCUCUGACAAAGAACGCCUUUGAUAUCAGAUGCAAAAAAUGAUUUCUAUGUAGCAAGUGAUGAAUGGGUGUCGAAGUGUGCAAAAUAUGUGGGGG